AUGGCUAAGGUAUACGAUAGGGUCUCUUGGGGAUUUCUCAUUGCCGUGUUGCGACGGUUUGGCUUCAACGAGAGGUUCAUCGACAUGGUGUGGAGGUUGAUUUCCAACCUUUGGUUUUUCGUGAUUAUCAAUGACGUGCCCUAUGGUUUCUUUAAAUCCUCUAGGGGUCUACGUCAGGGAGAUCCGUUAUCGCCGACAUUAUUCAUUAUUGGUUCGGAAGUCCUUUCCCGAGGUUUGAAUUCUCUGGUCGAUCAAUCUAGUUUCGCGGCGUUUAAGACGAUGUCAUCAUUUUUCCUAAUAGGGGGUUCAGCACUGAAGAGAGUCAUGCAGAUACUGGAGUGGUACCAUCAUGAUUUGGGACAGUUGGUUAACGUGCAGAAAAGUGGAUACUUAGUUCACUCUCUACUCUCCACUGCUCGGCAAGAGGUCAUUGAGCGGAUCACCAGAUUCCAGAAGAAAGAGUUCCCGGUUCGUUAUCUGGAAGCUCCGCUGUUUGUUAGUCCCGCAAAGGUGAGUUACUACUCUGACCUGUGUCAGAAGGUGCUUGAUAAGCAUCCCGAUUCACCUCUUGGGGUUGGCGUGAUGCCAAAUGGAGUUUUCAAGUUGGUUGAGAGAGUUUGUGCAAACUUCCUUUGGGCGUCAGGCCGGGAAUCCAAUAAAUUCCAUCGGCUCCAGUGGAAGGACUUGUGUUAUCCCACUGAUGAGGGUGGGGUGGGGUUUCGGUCGAUUAGUGAUACUUAUAGGGCAUUCUCUUGCAAGCUCUGGUGGAAUUUCAGGUGUGGACUUUUCUUGUGGGCAAGAUUCAUGCAUGCGAAAUAUUGUCAGGGAUUUUAUCCUUGUCAAGUCUCCAUAUCUCCAUUGGGAUCAGCAACUUGGAGACGGAUGCUGGACAUUAGGGGUUUGGCGGAGCUAUUGAUUGGGUGGAGACUCUCCGUGGGUCGAUGCAACUUUUGGUAUGAUAAUUGGACGGGGCACAAGGCCUUCCAUCUACGCGUGCAGGUCCAGAAGGGUGUCUCGUUUCAGUAUGUUAUGGAGAAUGGGGCGUGA